AUGUCUCCCGCCGCCCGGCCCGCCCGCCGCCCGCUGCUCCCCCUGCUCGCGCUCGCCGCCGCGCUCGCCGCCCUCGGUUCGGCCCAGAGCAGCUUCAGCCCCGAAGCCUGGUUGCAGCAGUAUGGCUACCUGCCCCCCGGGGACCUGCGGACCCACACGCAGCGCUUACCUCAGUCACUCUCAGCUGCCAUCGCUGCCAUGCAGAAGUUCUACGGUCUACGAGUGACGGGCAAAGUAGAUACAGACACCAUGAAGGCCAUGAAGCGCCCCCGCUGUGGUGUUCCAGACAAGUUUGGGGCUGAGAUCAAGGCCAACGUUCGAAGGAAGCGCUACGCCAUCCAGGGCCCCAAAUGGCCGCAUAACGAGAUCACUUUCUGCAUCCAGAACUACACCCCCAAAGUGGGCGAGUAUCGCACAUACGAGGCCAUCCGCAAGGCGUUCCGCGUGUGGGAGAGCCACACACCGCUGCGUUUCCGAGAGAUCCCCUACUCCUACAUUGAGAACGGCCACCAGCAUGCCGACAUCAUGAUCAUGUUUGCCGAGGGCUUCCACGGCGACAGCACGCCCUUUGAUGGCGAGGGUGGCUUCCUGGCACACGCCUACUUCCCAGGCCCCAACAUCGGAGGCGACACCCACUUUGACUCUGCGGAGCCCUGGACUGUGGAGAAUCAGGAUCUGAAUGGGAAUGACAUCUUCCUGGUGGCCGUGCACGAGCUGGGCCACGCCCUGGGCCUCGAGCACUCCAGCGACCCCUCGGCCAUCAUGGCCCCCUUCUACCAGUGGAUGGACACGGAGAACUUCGUGCUGCCCGAUGACGACCGCAGGGGCAUCCAGCAGCUUUACGGGAGUAAGUCAGGCCCCACCAAGAUGCCCCCUCCGCCCAGGACCACCUCCCGGCCCUCUUUCCCCGAUAAGCCCAAAAACCCCACCUUCGGGCCCAACAUCUGCGACGGGAACUUUGACACCGUGGCCGUGCUCCGCGGGGAGAUGUUUGUCUUCAAGGAGCGCUGGUUCUGGCGGGUGAGAAACAACCAAGUGAUGGACGGGUACCCCAUGCCCAUCGGCCAGUUCUGGCGGGGCCUGCCUGCAUCCAUCAACACUGCCUACGAGAGGAAGGACGGCAAGUUUGUCUUCUUCAAAGGAGACAGGCACUGGGUGUUUGACGAAGCUUCCCUGGAGCCUGGCUACCCCAAGCCCCUUAAGGAGCUGGGCCGAGGGCUGCCUGCCGACAGGAUUGACGCCGCCAUCUUCUGGGUACCCAAUGGGAAGACCUACUUCUUCCGGGGAAACAAGUACUACCGUUUCAACGAGGAGCUCAGGACGGUGGAGAAUGACUACCCCCAGAAUAUCAAGAUCUGGGAAGGCAUUCCCGAGUCUCCCAGAGGGUCCUUCAUGGGCAGUGACGAAGAUGCUAUCCAGUGGGAGUUCUGCAAAACACAGCUGGAACCCGUGGAGGAGCCUGAGGAGGAGAGGCUGCCAGAGGGAAGAGAAGGGGGAGCCUAG